CCAUGCUAGCUACUAGAGAUCAUAUAACGGUAGCAGUAGUGGACCUAGGGAUGAUACUCGACACUUGUUCUUCUGCUGUGACGGAGAAAAGAAGACAAAUCAUCAGUUCGAGUCCCCACACAGUAAAGAGCGACAGGUAGAGAUGCAUUCUUAUACAUUGGCGGCGAUCCUGGUGUUCGUCUCAGCGACAUUUACCCAUGGACAAAACGAGGGUCGCUCCUGUGCUGAACUGAAAGGACGAUGUAUUCCGGCUUCCAAGUGUGAACAUAUCGCCUCGUCUUCUUCUUGUCCAGCGUCCCUCGUCUGCUGCUUCUCGAUCCGUUCAAAACAGGUACGGUCUUCUAAAGGUGUCGGGAAAGAACGAGCAGCAAAGAAAAAUCCAAAACUACGGGAUGAACUGUCCAAACGAGGCAAAGCUCGCAACAGUAAUCAGGAAGAUAUGACCCGUGAAUUAGAUGACGUGUCCAUCAGCAAGAAACGUUUUGGCAAACUCCCAAGGAAACAAGAAAGAACUUCCUACAAAAAACAAAAGAUUCUUCAGAGAAAGACAUCAAGGCAAAAGGGAAAGGAGUUCAUGACAAGUAAAGGGCCUAACUGGCGAGGACCGGCGGGACGUGGAGAAUCUAAAUCAGGCUCCCAAAGUAGAGACUACGUCAAAGAAACACCAAAAAACAGCAAAUCCGAUAGAAGAGAAAGCCGUAAACACAAGAAGACGAAAAAGAAAGUGACUCCUCAAAGGGAAAUGGAUGGGAAGAGGAAGAAAGAUAAACGAAAGCGAAGGAAAGGUAAUAAUUGGAAAACGAAAGAAGCUAAAAAGGUAAGCAAAGAUGGUGCCACGGUGGAGAUAAAAAGAAAAGGAGUCAAAAACAAGAAUGGCAGUAAGAAGAUAAAGAAAAUAAAGGAAAAUAAAUUACGAAGCGGAGACGUAAUCGGAAAGAAGAACAAAGGAAAAGGUAAACAUAAAGCUGAAGUGAUGGAGGAUAAAAAGCAAAGGAAAAACAACACCAAGAAACUGAAGGGAAAGGUGCGAGACAGAAAUGGCACUAAGAAAAGAAAGACAAUGCGAAAUAAAGGCGACAAGGCGAGGAAGAACAAAAAGCGAAGGCAAGGCGAGACUAAAAAAAAUAAUAAGAAGGGAAAAGGAGUAAGGAAAGCUAACGCAGGAAAGGGAAAGAAAAACAUACGGAAAGAUAAAAACGUUGCAAGGAGGAAGAAGAAAAACAUGGCACGAGGGAAAAAAUACUUCAAAAAUGUACAAAAAAGUAAAGUGAGAGAUUCCAAGAAGGUGAGAAUUCCCAAAGGCGAGGAUGCUGAUGAAGGAGAUGAGGGAGAUCGCAAAAAUGACAAGUUAGGAAUAGAAAACCAGGAAGGGAAGGCCAAGUGUCGUCAGGUUAAGAAAUGCACCUCUAAUGAUGCCAAAUGUGUAUCGUUGGGGAAAUGCCGCACAUCCGUCAUCGCUGGCAAGUGUAGCGGAGCCAAGUGUGAAUGUUGUCGCUCAGCCUGUUCCCGCGCCACAAAGCCUACUUGCUCGCUACAAGGAGGAGUGUGCAAGAAAAAAUGCCGCCCUAAUGAGGAGAUAGUGAAGAAAGGCUGCAAUAAAAAGAAAGGUCGCAAGUGCAUUUGCUGCAAAUCAAAAGACACCACUACCUCAGGCUGUAAGGCCAAGAAGAAAUGUGAUAAGGCAGGUGGUACGUGUAAAGAGGCUUGCAAUGAGACGGAAACUGAACUACCUAGGGCCUGCAAGAAGAAAUGCCGAUGCUGUGUCCCGACGGACUCAACUUUCAAACCUACACCACCAUCACCACCUACAACUGCUUUGCCGUUAAAUAGUCUUUUCAACACACUUCUCAGCCUGAUUACUGACCAAAACCAACUUGAAUCAAUCCUGACUGAAGUAAAGCGGCUGGAGAAUGAGCUCAAGAACGCCCUUGCCGCAGCACAGGCUCAAUCCACAGUCGCGGACAUCAACACUGUUCCUAGUGAUAUACCUGCUGCAGGAGCCAUCCUCUCUACCGUACAGAACGCGAUCGUCAUGAAUGCUAAUUCCACUGAACUAGGAACACUAAUACCAGAGCUCGAGUCAGCCACCGUCAGCAUCACAGGGAUCACGAGUGCUAUCCAGAGCGGUACUUUAGAAAUAACCCCUCCUUUGAUCCAGGCUCUUCAGGACGUCUUGGAAAUAGCCUCCCAGACAAUAUCGGCUGUAAACACAAAGCUGGAGAAGGUGGAUGACCUUAUCAUUGGAAUAGUGGACCAGAUACUCACACCUGGAACCGCGACACUAGCACCGACACCCGCGAUAAGCUUGGUGACGACACUGAGAGCUACCACAGCGCCGACAGGAGUUACCACGGCGCCUGCAGCAGGAAUUACCACAGCACCUACAGCAGGAAUUACCACAGUGACUGCGGGAGGUGCUACUACAGCGCCUGUGGCAGGAGUUACCACAGUGCCUACGGCAGGAGUUACCACAGCGCCUGCAGUAGAAAUUACCACAGUGCCUGUGGGAGGUGCUACUACAUCGCCUGCGGCAGGAGUUACCACAGUGCCCGCGGGAGGAGUUACCACAGCGUCUGCAGCAGGAUUUACUACAGUGCCAGCAGGAGUUACCACAGCACCGGGAGCAGUCACCACCGCAGCUGCAGCAGUUACUACAGUAGGGGCAGCAGUUACCACAGCAGCGGCAGUAGUUACCACAGCGCCGGCAACAGUUACCACAGCAGCGGCAGCAGUUACCACAUCAGCGACAGCAGUUACCACAGUAGUGGCAGUAGUUACCACAGCGCCAGCAGCAGUUACAACAGCAGCGGCAGCAGUUACCACAGCAGCGGCAGCAGUUACCACAGCGCCAGCAGCAGCUACCACAGCGCCGGCAGCAGUUACCACAGCGCCGGCAGCAGUUACCACAGCAGCGGCAGCAGUCACCACAGCAGCGGCAGCAGUCACCACAGCGCCGGCAACCGUUACUACAGCACCUGCAGCAGUCACCACAGCGCCUGCAGCAGUCACCACAGCGCCUGCAGCAGUCACCACAGCAGCGGCAGCAGUCACCACAGCAGCGGCAGCAGUCACCACAGCACCGGCAGUCGUUACUACAGCGCCUGCCGCAGUCACCACAGCGCCUGCAGCAGUCACCACAGCGCCGGCAGCUGUUACUACAGCGCCUGCAGCAGUCACCACAGCGGCGGCAGCAGUUACCACAGCAGCGGCAGCAGUCACCACAGCGCCUGCAGCAGUCACCACAGCAGCGGCAGCAGUUACCACAGCAGCAGCAGCAGUCACCACAGUGCCCGCAGCAGUCACCACAGUAGCGGCAGUAGUCACCACAGCAGCGGCAGCAGUCACCACAGCACCGGCAGCCGUUACUACAGCGCCUGCAGCAGUCACCACAGCGCCUGCAGCAGUCACCACAGCAGCGGCAGCAGUCACCACAGCGCCGGCAGCCAUUACUACAGCGCCUGCCGCAGUCACCACAGCGCCUGCAGCAGUCACCACAGCAGCAGCAGCAGUCACCACAGCGCCGGCAGCUGUUACUACAGCGCCUGCAGCAGUCACCACAGCUCCGGCAGCAGUUACCACAGCAGCAGCAGCAGUCACCACAGCACCUGCAGCAGUCACCACAGCAGCGGCAGCAGUUACCACAGCAGCAGCAGCAGUCACCACAGCACCCGCAGCAGUCACCACAGCAGCAGCAGUAGUCACCACAGCAGCAGCAGCAGUCAACACAACGCCGGCAGCAGUCACCACAGCACCAGCAGCCGUUACCACAGCACCUGCAGCUGUUACCACAGCGCCUGCAGCAACCACAGUCAGAGUGACAACGUGAACAAUAAUUUAAGACAACUGUUUGUCCCACCGAGUGGUAGUAACUGCUGCGGUGGGCGAGCCGGUGCCACACGACUCCUCUAUAUUACUUAAUUCAAUAAACUGCACUGCAUCGCA